AUGUUCACAACCUCCUUUAUCAUGCUGAGGCCCUUCUCAGCAGGGUCUCAUGAUAAUGUACACUUUUCUAUCACAGGGCUGGGAGAAGGUUCUGCUCUUCUUCACCCGGACAGCAGGUCCCACCCUCGGUCCUUGGAGAAGAGUGCAUGGAGGGCUUUCAAGGAGUCACAGUGUCAUCAUAUGCUGAAACACCUUCACAAUGGAGCCCGGAUUACUGUGCAGAUGCCUCCCAAUAUUGAGGGACACUGGGUCUCUACUGGCUGCGAAGUUAGAGCAGGCCCAGAGUUCAUCACAAGAUCUUACAGGUUCUACCACAAUAAUACAUUUAAGGCCUAUCAGUUUUAUUACGGUGGCAAUCGCUGCACAAACCCUAUCUACACGUUAGUUAUACGUGGCAAAAUACGUCUCCGCCAAGCAUCCUGGAUCAUCCGAGGGGGUACUGAAGCUGAUUAUCAGCUACGCAACAUACAGAUCAUAUGCCACAACGAAGCAGUAGCCAAAAAAUUAAGUGAGUUGGUGAACCACACGUGUCCUGGAUUUAUACCAGAAGAUAGUCCCUGGGAGCAGGAUGUGAGCUACGAUUUGCUGAGAGAAGAGAACGGCCGUGAAUGCACCAAAGCUCUGAAUUUUGCCAUGCACGAACUCCAGCUGAUCCGCGUGGAGAAGCAGUACCUGCACCACAAUUUAGACCACCUUGUGGAGGAGCUAUUUCUCGGAGACAUUCAUACUGAUGCUACUCAGAGGAGGUACUAUCGGCCCUCUAGUUACCAACCUCCUCUUCAAAAUGCCAAGAACCAUGACCGCACGUGCAUCGCGUGCAGAAUCAUCUACCGGUCGGACGAGCACCAUCCUCCCAUCUUACCCCCCAAGGCGGAUCUGACCAUAGGGCUACACGGAGAGUGGGUGAGCCAGCGCUGUGAGGUGCGACCGGAGGUCCUCUUCCUCACUCGGCACUUCAUCUUCCACGACAACAACAACACUUGGGAAGGUCACUACUACCACUACUCUGACCCCAUCUGCAAGCACCCCACCUUCACCAUCUACGCCAAGGGACGCUACAGCCGGGGAGUGCACUCAUCCAAAGUGAUGGGUGGCACGGAGUUUGUGUUCAAAGUCAAUCACAUGAAGGUCACUCCCAUGGAUAUAUCCACAGCCUCGCUGCUCAACGUCUUCAAUGGGAAUGAGUGCGGAGCACAGGGGUCCUGGCAAGUUGGGGUUCAGCAAGAUGUCACCCACACGAAUGGCUGCAUCGCGCUCGGCAUCCGCCUACCUCACACCGAGUACGAAAUCUUCAAAAUGGAGCAGGAUGCCCGGGGCAGGUACUUGCUGUACAAUGGCCAGAGACCAAGCGACGGGUCCAGCCCCGACCGACCGGAGAAGAGAGCCACUUCCUACCAGAUGCCUUUAAUUCAGUGCGCUUCAUCAGUACCCAGAUCUGAAGAGUCACCAGAGGAGAAUAAAAUAAGGCUGUAUAGCAGCAGGGCACCGGAAAAAUAUCCCAGCGCCCCAGCUCUUGCUUUGGUGUUUAUUUGUACUGUGUCAUAUUGGGACAUUCUCAGCUAGAAGUGAAAAAAACCUUAUUUUUCAUGACUACAAAGCCAGGAUUCCACCAGACUGGGGGUUGUUUUUCUUCCGAAAGAAAGGGACAUUUAUUUUCUUGAUGCACUUGAAUGCCUGAGAACUGUUGUUCUUUUCCUUACUUCCCCCCUCCUCCUCGAAUCCCGAACGGCACUCGUUUGAUGUUUGUGCUUUGAACUUCAUCCAGUCUGAUCCCUGGCCUGACAUGACUGCACAAAAGUAAUUGCACUUUAGGACUGCAGACUUCUGGGGGGAGG